AUGACCGAGAAAAUCAACAUCCCUCAGCUGCGUUUUCCGCCACACAGUGACCGUCGAGUAUGGCUGAUAUCCUCGGGCGAUAAUCCUAUCGGGCUAAAUGUAGCUCGUCAGAUCCUUGCUCAUGGCGACUGUGUGGUGAGCGGGGUGGUGCCCUCGAAUAUCACUCGAGAUGAGAACCGUCGGACUUAUUUUGAGGAUUUUCUCGCGGAAGUCGAGAGGAAUGAGGAACAUGGAUGGAAAGACAGGUUUCGCGCAUUUGUCUUGGAUAUCAGGAAAAUGGGCGAAUGUCAAGCCGCAGUAGCCGAAGCCGUGAAUCUCUUCGGCAGACUAGACAUUGUCCUCUGCUGCACAAGUCAAACAGUCGUCGGCUCAGUCGAAGAAUUGGCCGCUUCACCGCGGACAUUGAGUCUUGUCCGUGACCAAUUCGAGACUAAUUACUUCGGGCCUGUGAAUAUAAUCAAGUCUGCUCUUCCGCAGAUGCGUUCGCAGAGAGCAGGACAUUUUCUCGUGCUGACCGGGAUCACGGCUCACCUUGGAACCCCUGGUUUAGGUGUAUACUGCGCGUCUGAAUGGGCCCUAGAAGGAUUUUGCGAUAGCAUCGCAUACGAAGUAGCCCCCUUCAACAUCAAAGUCUCCAUUCUCCAAUGCAGCAUGGAAAUCUGCAUUCUUACAAACCUAAUCAGCAGCGCCCCGCCCAUUCUCCCCGCAUACUCUGCAUCAGAGAACAACGCGCCUCUUUUCCGAAAUAUACUGGAUGGUCUCGUUUCGAGGUUACCACAAGCAGCAGGAAAUCUCAACAACAACAACAACAACAACAACAACAACAACAACAACAGCAGCAGCAGCAGCAACAGCGAAAUAGCAACACCUAAAUCCAACAACUCCGAGAAUACACAGAAAACAGGACCGUUUUCGUCACCACACGAUGUAGUAACCAUGUACGCCCCCUUCAGCUCCGCUCAUCUCGAAGCUCUGACACUAGAGACGGUGCACGCAAUAACAGCAAUAGGCGGACAUGAGAAUCCGCCUUCUCGACACAUUAUCGGGCAGGAAGGGGUGGCUGCGGUCAAAGAGAAAUUAAAGACUGUCAGUGAAGAGCUAGAAGAUUUUGUGCAGUCGAGUUACUCGGUUAAUAUUCAUGAAAGUACAACAGAAGAGGAGUUUAAUGGGGAUAUCAUGUAG